CUGUCAGUCAGCUGACUGGACGGACUGCUAGCACCUGACUUAAGCCAAUAAACGUUUAUUUUUGUACUGUGGCCGAAAAAUUAGUCACUUGAUAUAAAAUACAUUUACGUGUCUGUAUCAUAAUAUCAGAUUUGUUGCAUAAAAUUUAUAUAAUGUUAAUGGCGCCUAGUUUGCAUCAGUUUUCCUGCUAGCAUUACUGAAAGCCUCCAACUUUACUUGGUUUACUCAUCUUGAUUUUAUUAAAGGGUCGUGUUUGAUAAAUACCACGAUGAUAGCUGAAAGGGAAGCGGUAUCCUUUCGUCCAAGCUGACCUUCCUUACUUUGAUCAGUGGAUGGCGCCAAGAUAUCAUGUAAGUCAGAGUCGGUGCAGUCAGCCCACGUGUAAGCAUUUCCUGUAAGGGGGUGGCCUGAUCAACACUGAAAGAGCUGUUUUGAAGUGUUUUUUUAAGAUAUGGAUGAAUUACCAGCGGACCUCAGAGCUUUUCUUCUCAACCACCCUUUUCUCCAGCUUACAGAUGGCAAAAAGAUCAAAUGCACUCUGAAUGGCCAUGAGUUUCCAUGCAGACUGACGGAGCUACAGAAGUUCACUCAAGGGAAGAAAUAUGAGAAACUGAGUGCUGCAGCAGAGUUCAGUUACAGCCAGUAUGAACCACACAUUGUGCCAAGCACAAAACAACCCAAUCAGCUCUUCUGUAAGCUGACCCUCAGACACCUCAACCGGCAGCCACAUCACAUCCUCAGACAUGUUAAUGGAAAACGCUUCAAGAAAGCCCUCUCCAAAUAUGAAGAGUGUGUGCAGCAAGGGAUCGAGUUCACUCCAGCCAGACUCAAACAGAACAGGCCCAGAGACACCGGAGAGGAGGUCAAUCGGGGGAGGGCCUCAAAACACGGGAACAGCUCGUGGGAACCCUCAUCCAGUGAUGAGGAUCACAGUGACUCAGAAGACAGCAUGAGUGACCUCUACCCUCCCUCUAUGUUCACUUUAAAAAACCAGACAGAGGAAAAUAUGGAGGGUGAUGGGGAGGAGGAGGAAGACGAUUUCCAAACAGAUGAAGAUGAGGAAAUGGAGGUGGAUAAGCAGGUGAUGCAGAAACGCAAGAAGGUCCAGGGCGGUGGUUUUCAGAAGAAAUCCAGAAAUAACCACUGGAAAUCAGGGCGUAAGAAACAUGGAAAACUGCUGAGUAAUAAGUAAAAUGCAAAACCAUAUACAUAUAGUAUUUUUUUACCUGGUAAUUUGUCAGGGAGCAAUACUGCACUUACAGUUUGGAGUAGUUUUCCUGUAUCUGAGCCACCCUGACCUAUUGUAUAAGUGAACAUCGAUUUAGAUUUUUCAUAUUUUUCCGCAUAUGAAAGGUUGUCUGUUUUCCAAGUUGUGAUGUUGCACAGUUCCAACGAGGCUGGUUUACGCGAAAAUGAUGAAGUGCAGUAAACACAUCAUUUUGCCUGGAUAAGUUGAGUUUUCUGGUUUCCAACCAAAGCACUAUAAAAUACAACUCAGUUUGGAUUUGCAAA